AUGGUCCUCGUCAAGCCCGCCCUCAUCGCCUCCGUGGCUGUCACGGCGGUUUCCGCCUUCACAUCGCCCAAGACGCUCGAUGUCAAUAACGCAGACUCCGUCAAGGCCAUCGCCGGCAGUCUGGCUUUCGGCGCCAUGUCUUACUACAACGGAAACGUCUCUAGUGAUCCCAAGAUGGUCGGCGACCUCCCAGAACCAUACUACUGGUGGCAAGCCGGCGCCCUCUGGGGCAUGAUGAUGGACUACUUCCACUACACAGGCGACCCAACCUACAACGCAGUCCUAACCCAAGCCCUCACCGCAAAAGUCAACACGGGACCCAACUACGACUUCAUGCCCCCCGAGCACGAACUCGAAGAAGGAAACGACGACCUCGGCUUCUGGGGCUUCGCAGUCAUGUCCGCCGCCGAACGCAACUUCCCCGAACCAGACGCCUCGACGGGGUGCCCCGAAUGGCUCCAAAUGGGCCGCAACAUCUUCAACUCCCUCGCGGGCCGCUGGAACACGACGCACUGCGGCGGCGGACUCCUCUGGCAAAUCUACGAGUCCAACCCCAACGGGCUCAACUACAAAAACAGCGUCAGCAACGGCGGCUUCUUCCAGCUCGGCGCGCGCCUCGCCGCCGCGACCAACGACUCCCGCUACGCCGACUGGGCCUCGUACGUGUGGGACUGGUCCGCCGCCGUGGGCUUCCUCGACGCAGACCUCAAAGUCUACGACGGCGCCGACUCGCGCGACAACUGCACAAAGACAAACUAUCUCUCCUUCACCUACUCCACGGGCAUCUACCUCUACGGCGCAGCCGUGAUGGCAAACCACACAGGCGACGUCCUCUGGGCGGACCGCGCGACAAAGAUGCUCGCCACAGCCCGCAAGAGCUUCUUCUCGCUCGCCGAGAACAGCACAAACAUCAUGUACGAGCCCGCGUGCGAGAUGGUCGGCACGUGCAACACGGACAUGAAGACCUUCAAGGGCUACCUCUCGCGCUUUCUGUGGCAGUCCGCCGUCGUCAUGCCGGCGCUGCUGCCCGAGGUAAAAGAGAUCCUGGUCCCGAGCGCGCUCGCGGCGGCCAAAGUGUGCGAGGCCUCGGCGGGCAACGUGACGUGCGGGCAGAAGUGGUACGUCGACGGCGACGACGGCAGCUACGGCCUCGGGCAGACCAUGAGCGCGCUCGAAAUCAUCCAGGGUCUUGUCGUUAGCCAGUAG